AGAUGCCAUCAGUGAACGCGUGUUAUAAUAUCCGGAACUAAUUACAAAAUAUUUGUGCAAUUGUUGUUUUUGGACUAAAAAUUAUUUUCUGUACUUAGUAUAUUUUCACUAUGGGUAACUGGUUUAAGCAAGAAUUUCAAGUAAACAAUUUUAAAUUCGAGCAUGAUGCCCCUGAAGAAUUCGUGGUAUCGCAGUGGCAAGAUGAGUCCAUCAACUGGCCCCACAUGGUUUACCGAUGGAUGCUGGGGCUCUUCUUCUUCUGCUUGGUAGUGGCCUCGUGGACACUCCAAGAAGAAGGCCCCGAACUCUGGCUAAUCUAUUUAACACAUUGGGGAAUCGUCUUCUGUUGCGUGCAAACGCUUUUUGCCGCGGUAUUGGUUACAUACCGACACUGCCAGAUACUAAAACUUCAAAGCGUUCCGUACUAUGAAAAAAUGCCGCCUGCGUACAAAUUUUACUGGGCUGCACAAACCUGCACGGUUACGGUGGCCUUUGGCAUCAGUAUUAUCUAUUGGACACUUCUUCAUUCAGCACAAUACAAUACUGUGAUGAAUUUCAUGACGCAUGGAUGAAUUCCAUAUUAAUGAUGGUGGAUUUGUUCGUAAUCGCACAUCCAACAAAAUUACUGCAUUUUUACUUAGCAAUAAGUGUAGCAUUCAUUUAUGCAGUUUUUAGCGUUAUUUAC